GGUGAGGGAGAGUGGGGGGCCUCUGUCAUCUACAGACUGAAUCUGAGGACAUUCACAGACAGUCAUGGAUCAUCUCUGGACCCAGAUGUGGAAAUGGACUCUGUGUGUCCUCUUGUCUGUGGGCCGAGGAUCAGCUGCACCACAUUACAUGGUGGUCAUUCCUGCUGUUCUCGAGUCUGGAGCAGAGACUAAAUUCUGUGCCAGUCUCCUGCAGCCCACUGAGUCUCUGCUCAUGACGGUCACUCUGGUGUCGCAGCACAGCAACGUAACUCUGCUGGAGAAAACAUCCAGCACCGAAUUUAAUGAGUGCUUCCAGUUUCAGGUUCCCACAGUGAAAAUUGGAAAUGUGCAAAAGUUUGAGGUGCAAGUGCGAGGGGACACGUUUUCCUCAAAAAAAGCCAGGAAAGUCAAGAUCAAAGCCUAUAAAUCAUCCAGGAUCUUCAUCCAGACAGACAAACCAAUCUACCUCCCUGGACAAACAGUGCGUUUCAGAGUUUUCUCACUGGACUCCAAGCUGAGACCUGCCAGCAUGUUGUACAACAUCAUUCAACUGCAGGAUUCUAGGAGAAACAAGAUUAGACAGUGGCUGAAUGAAACAUCCAAUAGCAGAUUCUUGCAGCUGUCCCACUCCCUGAACUCUGAGGCCUCUGAAGGAUCCUACAUAAUCACUGUGCAAACAGAUGGAGAGAGGAAAUUUCACAGCUUCAAGGUGGAGAAAUACGUUUUACCCAAAUUUGAUGUGACGAUACAUGUGAAGAAGAAAGUGAAUGUCUGGAAAAGAGAGUUUGAUCCUAAAGUUUGUGCUCAGUACACAUACGGACAGCCUGUCCCAGGAAGUAUUACACUGAAGGUGUGCCAACCUCACGAUGAACGAUUUUCCAUCUGUGAAACAGAGACAAAGCAGACAGACAGGAAAGGCUGCGGUACAUUUAACUUUAAUAUGUCCGUCUUCAACCACAAUCAACAUUUACUGGAGAAUGUUCUGGAUCUCGAAGCUGUGGUGGAAGAGGAGGGGACAGGUAUUUCUCGUACUCAGGGGAAGAGGAUAGAUCUUGUAACGUCAUAUGGAACGCUGUCUUUUUUGGAUGCUCCGAAGUUGUAUGAGAAAGGGUCGAAUGUGGAAGGAAAAGUCAAAGCAGUUGAUUAUGAUGACAGACCCAUUCCUCACAUGAAACUGCUUCUGUUUAAGAAGUUUUACGAUCAAAGUUUGCUACAGAACCUCAUCACUGACAGUGAUGGUGUUGCUGCUUUCUCAAUAAGCACUGAUACAUUUGAAGGGCAAAUCGACCUUUUGUUAGGUCAGUCGCCUGAGGAUGAAAGAACCUUUGUGAAAGGAGGACUGACUUUGUCCGAGGUGCUACCUCCUUCUCCUUACACCGGAACAAGCAGCUCUCUGGAAGUAACGAAGAAUAUGUCUCUCUUAUGUGACCAAGAGAGUGAAAUCACUGUGAAGUACACCAUAGUAAAGGAAACCCAGGGAACAGUGGACAUGUUCUGCCUGGUCCAAUCCAGAGGAGCCUUCAUCAUGCAAGGGAAAAAACAAAUCGUUUUGCAAGAUAAGUUAGUGAAUGAAGGUGAAGUGUCCUUCAGCCUGACGGUGUCUGCAGACAUGGCUCCAGCAGUCCUGGUUGUGGCGUACGCUGUUCUGCCCAGUGAGGCUAUGAUUGUUCGCAGUACUUACUUCUUAACCGAGGAAUGCUUCAGCAACAAGGUCUCUCUGCAGAUUUCUCCGUCUCCAGCCGUUCCAGCAGAAGAAAUCAAGCUGCAGCUGACGGCUCAGCCUGGCUCUGUGUGUGGCGUCAGCGCCAUCGAUCAGAGCGUCUUCAUCAAGGAGGCUGGACACUCUCUGGAUGCAGACAAGAUAUUUAACUUGCUUCCAGUCAAGAUUGUAUCGACUGCACUGUAUGACGUGGACGACCCAAUGGACUGUGUGAUUGUGAGACCAAAGAGAAGCACUCAACAAGAGAGAAAUGAUGCCGACACACUUUUUCUGAAUAUAGGACUGAAAAUGGUAACGAACUUGGUUAUCCGUCCUUCAUGCCUAAGAUUCUAUACAAACAUAUUCUAUCGAGAAGAGCGAACUUUGUGGAGUCAAGCGCGUCACCCUCAGAGACAUGGAAUGAGAUCCUCUUUACGAGGUGGUUUAGCCGUCCGUCCUCCCGCUCAGACCGCUCGCAUGUUCUUCCCUGAGACGUGGAUUUGGGAUCUGGUGGAAGUUGGGCCUUCUGGAACCAAGGAGAUGUCCCUGUCUGUCCCAGACACCAUCACCACCUGGGAGACGGAGACUUUCUGUUUGUCCCCUCAGGGUUUUGGUUUGGCUCCUCGUCAGAAGCUCACUGUCUUCCAGCCUUUCUUCCUGGAGCUCACCCUGCCUUACUCCAUCAUCCGGGGGGAGAACUUUGAGCUGAAGGCGACCGUCUUCAACUACCUGACCAAAUGCAUCAUGAUGAAAGUGACUGCAGCCCCCUCCUCAGAUUACACCCUCACCCCCCUCUCUGGGGAUCAGUACACUUCCUGCCUGUGUGCCAACGAGCAGAAGACCCUGAGCUGGACCAUAAAUCCCACAGUAUUAGGCACUGUGAAUGUGACUGUGUCUGCUGAAGCUGUUCCGUCUCACGCUUCCUGUGAGAACGAGAUCGUGGAGGUUCCAGAAAGAGGACGCAUCGACACAGUGACCCGCUCUCUCAGAGUAGAGAUUGAAGGAUCUGAGAUAACAAAAACACAGAACUGGCUGCUCUGCCCCAAAGGAGAAACAUUGACGGAGGAAACAGAGGUUCGUCUGCCUGAAAAUGUGAUUGAUGACUCAGCCCGUGUCACAGUGUCAGUCCUGGGAGACAUCCUCGGCCGCGCUCUUAAGAACCUUGAGGGCCUGCUGAAGAUGCCGUAUGGAUGUGGGGAGCAGAACAUGGCUCUUCUGGCCCCCAACAUCUACAUCCUCCAUUAUCUUAAAAACACUCAGCAGCUGACUCCAGCCAUCAAAGAGAAGGCCUUCAACUUCCUGUCCAGUGGUUACCAGAGACAACUGAACUACAAGGACUCUGAGGGGGCAUACAGCACAUUCGGCAAAGGACCAGGAAACACCUGGCUGACAUCUUUUGUACUGAGAUCGUUUUUCAAAGCUCAGUCUUUCAUCGACAUCGAUCCAGUAAAUAUAGAGACGUCCAGGACUUGGUUGAAUCAACGACAAAAGAGCAACGGAUGUUUCAACAAAAUAGGGAAUCUCUUCAACAACAGAAUGAAAGGCGGCGUGUCGGAUGAAGUGACUCUCAGUGCCUACAUCACCGCUACCUUUCUGGAGAUGAAUAUCUCUGUGAAUGAUCCUGUGGUGGGACGGAGCCUGUUGUGCCUCAAAGAGUCCAUCAAUGAUUUCAGCAACAUCUACACUACAGCUCUGCUGGCGUACGUCUUCACUCUGGCUGGAGACAUGGAGGCCAGAGCUCACCUCCUGCAGCACCUCGACUCAGUGGCCAUCAAAGACGGCGGCUCCAUCCACUGGUCUCAGACAGCAGGAGAAACAUCAGCCUCUCUGUCUGUGGAGAUCAGCUCCUAUGUGCUGCUGGCCAAACUCUCUGCUUCCCCCACUGUUGAAGACCUGGGUUACGCCUCAGGCAUUGUCAGAUGGCUGACGACCCAACAGAACCAAUAUGGCGGUUUCUUGUCCACUCAGGACACGGUGGUGGCUCUUCAGGCUCUGUCCCUCUACUCCAGUCUGGUGUUCAGUCCUGAAGGUUCCAGCACGGUGACAGUUCAGUCUCCCAGUGGUCCGCUGACCUUUGAUGUGACCCCAGACAACAAGCUGCUCUACCAGGAGAAGACGCUGCAGGGCGUGGAAGGAAAGUACAGCCUGGAGGUGAAGGGGACUGGAUGCGCCUCAGUUCAGAUUUCUCAUCAGUUCAACAUCCCAACCUUUACGAAUGCCACCACACUGAGAAUGAAGGUUGAACUAGAGGCCAACUGCAGUGGCACGCCUCACAAACCCAGACUGACCAUUCAGCUGCAGUCCCUCUACAGUGGAAAGGAGAGCACCACAAACAUGGUGAUUGUGGACAUCAAAGUUCUGACUGGAUUUGCUCCAGACUCAGAGUCACUGAAGAGGCUCACAGCUGCCCAGCUGGUGGACCGUGUGGAACAGAAGGACGAUCAUAUUGUGAUGUAUCUUCGGGAGCUACAGAGAGGGGUAGCCAUCAACCACAGCUUAGAGCUCAAGCAGGAGCUCCCAGUGCAGAACCUGAAGCCAGCUGUGAUUAAGAUCUAUGACUACUACCAGCCAAGUGACCAAGCUGAGACCGAAUACAACUACCCUUGUGCUGCAGCAUGAAAAGUGAGGAUCACAUGGAGACACUGACGUCAGUUCAAUGAUUUUACACUUAUACAACUUAAUUCAUGCAAAUAUAAAUAUUGUGUUUAGUCAGGUUCGUAUUGUGACAGUUGUCAGAGGAAAUGGACAGAUUUGACCGUUUGGGAUCCUCUGUCCUUUAGUUCAAUGAACUGAAAUCUUCAUGAUUCAAACACAUAAUUAUAUCCUCACAUUGCUAUUCAUACCAGGCAGUAAAGAGUGACCACAGUGAAAAAAGGAAAAUCAAACUGAAAAAUAUACAUGAUGUUGAAGUACUUCCAAAUUUUGAAUUCCUCAAAACGAGGCUUGGAUUCUGAAGAUAAGUGAGUUUUGACUCAUCUGACAUGGACUCCGAGUCAUCCAUGUCUAUAUCUGAAUGCACACAAAACCCUUGUUCAGAGCAGUCAGAUGGGGUUUCAUCCAGCUUUUUUCCAAUGAGUUUAGUUGGUAAAAAACGUUGGACUGACUUUCAAAACAUUUGGUGUUCAUUGGAAAAUUCAAUCAAAAUAGUUGCCACUGAGCAGCAGAGAAGCACAACAUGUUUUGUACAUUUUAAUAAAGUGCAGUGUCCUCGGACUUCUGAAUUUAGUUUUUAAACAGGUAGAAUCUGUCUAAUGUGAUAUCAUCAUUGAUUAGGAGUCAGCAGUUAAUCAAGUGUCAGUAUGCAAUAGUGUUGUGAAAGAGAAAUGCCAGUGAAGCUUCAUGAUUUAAAAUGACUUUUAAAUAAAAAAAAUCUCAUUGUGUCAUCUCACUGUUUCACACAGGGACAUGUGGGCUGGAUUUUUUUCUCUGUUAAUAAUAAACACCAUUCAGAAACUGUA